UUGUUUUGUACAUAUUUCAGGUAAAUUUUAAAGCAAACCCUUAGUUAAAAUAGUACGCACAGGUUAAAUAAAGACGCCAGUACAACCAUAGCACUAUAUACGUUAACAGUGAAAGAGCAUAGACAGUGGUGAUAGAAUUAUACAACAUUCUGAUGGAUGAAUUCAAAAAUAAAGUCGUUUUGGUAACAGGUGCCUCUGGUGGAAUGGGUGAAAAGAUUGCUUGCAACUUUGCGAAAAAGGGAGCUUUUUUAACUCUCUGUGGUAGAGACCAAGAAAAAUUAUCAAAGGUUGCGAAGAAAUGCGAAGAAGAAGGAGCACCUAAGGUCAUUACAAUUUGUGCCGAUCUGGUUAAAGUGGAAAAUGUGGAUCGCAUUGUUGAAGAGACAGUUUCAAAACUUGGCCAAAUUGACGUACUUAUCAAUAAUGCUGGAUACGGAAUCACUGGAGAUAUAGAAACUGCCAAAGUUGAAGAUUUCGAUAAGCUGUUCGCUGUGAAUGUUAAAGCACCUUUUUACCUUACACAGCAAUGUGUGCCUCAUUUAAAGAAGACCAAAGGUUGUAUUGUCAAUACAUCAAGCCUCGUUACCACCGUAUGUCGUACCUAUGUCUUGCACCAUAGCAUGGGUAAAUGCGCGAUAGAUCAUCUUACUAAGUCUUCAGCUUUAUCACUGGCCAAGUAUGGAAUUCGCGUAAACAGCGUAAACCCGGGGGUUACAAAAACUGACUUUUUUGAGCGAAUGGUUGGACCGGAAGGUGCGAAAAAGAUAAUUGAGAACGCUCACGCCCUGCACCCUCUUGGUGAAACAUGUUUGGAACCACAAGAAGUGGCAGAUACGGUGCUGUAUCUGGCGUCUAAUGGGGCAAGGUGUAUCACUGGUAUUUGUCUCGAAACUGCACGAGGCAGAAAUGUAACUGGCCAUUAAGAAGAAUUUAAACGGCUGAUUAGCAUAGAUUUGUAUUCAUAACCAUUUUAAAUAUUCUUAUAUUCAGAAGGUAUAACGGUAUGAUAUAUUCCAGAUAUAAUGGUAUUUGAUUUACAAUAAAAUUGUAGUACCGCAUCAAAA